AUGGACGAUGGUCGUCUACCGGGGACGAGCACUUCCACACGUCCUCCGUCCGUCUUCAACCCUCACACUAACCCAUCUCUCACUUGGAGACGACCUUCAAAUAUCGAUGGGACGACACUGCCAGUUAUUAACGGUCCUCGAGAGGGACAACCAUCAUCAUCCGCGCGUCCACCCUCAUUCCUCCCAUCAACAAACGAGGCCGGACCAUCAAAUUACGCCUCCCGUUCACCUCGACCCAAUCUGCGUGCACUACCACAGAACGAAUCACCAAGGAUGUGGGAGAUGAACAAAUCUCGCCGUCUCGACAAGAAGACGCGCUGGUCACCGUCCCAGGAUUGUGCACAACCCGAGCGACAAGAAGGGUUAGAAGAGGGCGAGGACGUCAGCGAGUGGACAGAGCGAGAGUGCGGCACCUCUGGUCUACGUGGGGUGAAUGGAUGGCGAGACGAACGUUGGUCGAACGGUCGUACGAAUGGGCAUGCUGAGUACGAGCGACGAAUGUCUCCUGGACGAGGACGAUACCCGACCUCACCAAAUGGUUUGUAUGGUGGGCCGUUGCCCUAUCCACCUGUUCGCUCCCCGAAUGGUCGUCACAUUGGUUAUGAACGUGAACGGUCACCAUAUGGUGCUCGUCGUCCUUCCUCACGUGACCGACCGUACAGCGAUCAUUCACUCAAUAACACGCCAUCCAAGAGCUAUCCGAAGGGUGAUUACGUCCUCCCAAACGGCUAUCGGUACACGAAGCACCCCUUCUCGACACCUGUUCGGGCUUCGCGAACGCCUUCCCCGCCAUCAACCAUCGAUCUAACGACUCCGCACAAGAAGCUGCUACGUGGUAGUCAUUCUCCUGAAGCUAAUCGAGCCAAUCUUUCUCCUGCAUUUUCUCAACAGCAUUCGGAGAUGGGAUCGCCGUACCGUGAUGAGGAACUACCUCGACGCAAGUUGUUUGCACCGCUUCGUCCAGAGCAACCAGGGCUUGAAGCAUCGCCUGCUCUUCCACGAGAUUCUCCAUCCAAGGAAUUGCAUCCGUCGUCAUCCAAAAGUUCUUUGUUGUCGCGCGAGGAGUCGCCUCCCAAGGCAGAACCCCCUGUGGAACAGGUCGCAUCUCCUGCGUCUCCAACGCCUUCGCAAGCGCCAGAACAUCCGUCCUUGGUGUCAGAACCAGUUCUCAUCCCCGAUCAAGCCAAGCCCACCGCAACUAUCCAUGAAACGUCGAACCAUGUACCACCGACUGCGACGGAGGAUGUCGACAUGAUGCCUGCAUCAUCGACGGCUACAGAUUCAUUGGCAGCAGGGGAAGAGCAUGAAAAGGGCGGUGUAAAGCCGGAGAUGGUGGAUGUGACCGUAGGUUCAUCGGUGGUGGAUGUAGUUGUAGACCCAGAGACGACGGUUGUGGCAGUUGAACCGGAGACAGCGGAUGAGACCGUGGCAGCGGAGUUGAUGGAAGUGGACGUGGAGGCUGCAAGCCGAGAGGAGGUGGUGCCAUCGGAACCUGUCAAGCGUGAUCCCCAAGAUCUUCAGGACCUGAUCAAGACCUUGCAGAAUCGAUACAAAUAUCUCGAUCGGCAGUGGCACUUCCAGAUGGAACGGCUCGACCGCAUUCUCGAUGAUCGCAAGAGACGUUUCGCCCUCGACAAGGUCCAACAGACGCCUGCGACCCCAGGCAUGGGGUAUCUCUUCUCUGAUGUGGAGAGCCCCGCUGUGCCGACUCGCUCCAGUCGGCGCAGCGCUGCCAGUGCCUUCUUUGGUGACGCAGUACGUUCUGACCUGGAGAUGGAGGCUAUUCUCGAGAAGAUCCAGAUGGAAGAAUCGCAGGAUGCUGCUUUCCGUUCACGGUAUUCGGCUGCCUCGAUUCCAGACAUGGACAUCGUCACAGGGGCGGCCAGCGAGGAGAAGGUGGAUGUGUCAGAGUUCAUCGUUACCAACCCGGAGGAGUUCUACCAAGUCGACGAAAGUCCCGACCACUGGACACAUCAGGAGGACGAAAUAUUCGCUGCUCGAUACGCCGAGACUCCAAAACAAUUCGGCGAAAUUGCAGCAGGCCUGCCGGACAAGACGGCCAAACAAUGUGUCGAAUACUAUUAUCUCAACAAGCGGGUCCUUGACUUCCGCGGCAAGUCCACUACAGGAAAGAGGAAAUCCGGCAAGAAGGCAGCUAAGGGUAAAGGGAGAUCAAUCGUCGCUGAUAUCGAGGCUGUGGAGAAGAACAAGAAACAGCCGAGGCGGGGAGCCAAGGAGAGGAUGGUGGAAGAGACACCGCCCGUGGAGGAGACGACAACUUCAGAUGCAGAGGGCGAGUCGCCUGGUCGUGCGAUUGUACCACAGCGGGAACCCGAGUACCAAGAUAGCCCGAUGGAGGUCGAUAGCGUCGACGCGCCUACUCCUGCUGACGCCUCCACACGAUCGGACACCAGGCCCAGCGACCUUCCAAUUAUGCCGUUGUCUGGACUUAGUUCUCGAGCGAGUCCUCAAACGUUCUACCCGCCUAGCGAUGGAGUUCCGUUCAAGCGCAGCAAACUCGGUCUCGAGGUGGAGCCGCCAACUGUUCGACGUCGAUCUGCUACCUCUAGUUACUGGUCCGUCCAGGAGAAGCUCACAGCGGUGACGAGUCAUGAAUCUCACGGUCCUGAUUAUGGUCGUAUUGCGAGUGAUGUGGGAACGAAAACCGCCACACAAAUUCGUAACUUCUUCACCAAUCAGACGGCUGAGUUGCUUGCGGAACUUUCUUCACGGGCCAAGGCGGAAAUGACUCCACUUCCGGUUGAUGUCAGGAUGGAUAUCGAUAUGGCACCGGCUUCCGAGCCGGUCAGUCGUUCACAUACGUCAACUCCGCAACGAUGGCGAGAACCGGAGAGGGAGAUGGUCGGCCCUUCGGCUGUCAAGUCCGAGUACCCGCCACCUGGAAUGGAGCCAGCUAUCAUUCUUCCCGCGAUUCCUCCCCCCUUCAAAGCUGAGAUCAUCACUCCGCAGAGCGAGGAGGAAACGUCUCGUUUCCAAGCAGAGGGCGCCGCCUUCGGUCCUGUAAAGCCGUUCCAUCAGUUACCGCCUAUCUCGAGUCUGCCCUUCGAUUCUCCGACUUCGUAUGGGGAGAGGUAUGGCUCUGGCAAGGGUCGCUUACCCAUCAGUCAUCUUCUCAAUGAUGAAGCACCCAGAUCUCCUCCCAAUGGAGCGAAAGGGGGUCUACGGGAUUGGUUUGGAGAGCCGAAGCGACUGCUGCCUCAUGAGAUCGAAGCUCGGUCAGUCGGCGAAAGAUUUCCUGUCCCCACAGAUCGAGAAUGGCAGGCGCGACGGCAGGAUGUGUAUCAGUCUGCGCGCGCUUUGUCCGUGGAUCCGGCGUACCGGUCUGGAGAAUACCGUCCUUACACUGGCGAAUUUGUUCGACCUCCUGAUUACGGGCGGCAAGCAGAAGAAUACUCAUACCGCAGGACGACGUUCCCCACGCCUGACGGACCUUCUGACUAUCGAGACUGGCAAGCACGUGCUGAUGCGCCUUCUUACCGACCCUUGCCCCCGGUCAAUUGGCAACCUCCCGUGGAUGAUUACCCUCGGCGACCUAUUUCACCAGCUCCUUAUUCGCACCAAUAUCCACCGGAUAGAUCUCUGCCCCCUAUAUCUAACGAUUAUUACCGGCGACCGUCACCAGGACCACCCUCAUCCUACUAUCCCGGAUACCCCCCGCGUGUGCCAUCCCCUGGCUACCGGUAUCGCGAACAAUCGAUGCCGGCUUAUGGUCCUGAUUAUGCAUCAAGUCGCCUUCCCCCCAUCAGCCGAGAAUACCCUAGUUAUCGAACCCCGCCUGUGUCGGAUAAUUCAGUCCCUCCCCGUUAUUAUGGACCUCCUGCGCCUCCCAAUGGCUACUUCGAUCGCCCUCCGGCUCCCCUCACUCCACCUCAACCUGCAUGGCCUGCGGAGCAGGAGCGGCAAAGAUACCCGCCCGAUUAUCCAGCCGAUUACGAUCGUGGAUACUACGGGCGUUAA